UGCAUGUUGUCAGAGGCGUAAUAUGUUGUGAUUUAAAAAGAAUUAGUUGUAUUUGCUAGUUCAAAAUUUCCUUUAAAGCAUCUGCUUCGAUGGAUACAGAUAUUCUACUUGAAAGUAAAGACUGCUUGUACGAUGAAGACUUCCUGGGACAGCUUACUAAUGAUGCUCUGCCAUCAUUGUUGGAUGCUGCAGAUGCAUCUCCAAGUGAGAUUUUAGCUGAUGCUGCUCCUGUUCUAGUUCCAGCUAUAUCACCAAUAUUAGGAUUUAAGACUUCUCCAAAUGAAAGCAGCAGCAGUGAUUCGGGUAGUGAAGAUGAUUCUAAGAAUGGUUCCUGUACAUCUUCAAAUAGACAAUCAUCUCUAUCACCGUUUGACUGGUCAUCUUUCAAUGAUGAGCCUACAAAUCAGCUGAAUCUGGAAGAUGUGGAAUUAUUCUUACAAAAAACAGCUCCAAUAACAACAAACAGUACAAAUGGGCUGGCACCUGAUCCUAUAUCAAAAAAGAUAGGAUCUUUAGAUAAAACUAGUCCAGUGAUGGCAAUUGAAAAUGGCAUCAUAAAGGUUGUUAAGCAAGAAUAUGAAGAAAACAUUAAUAAUACUGAUGAACCCAGUAAAUCUGAGGCCUUAAACAACAUUAACCAUCGCAACUCCUUAUUCAGAGUAGUAAAUGAACAUUCCCAAAACUUAGCUACAAAAGAUGACAGUAAUAUCCUGUACAUUACACAGCAAAAUAGAGUUACAAGGAUAUUGAAACCUACUGCUACAGUGAUUACAAAACCUACCAAUGUAAUCAUUUCGGCCGAUAGAAAAGUUGCUAUAACACAGCAUAAACCGAUACAUAUACAGAAUGCAAAUAGCAACGGUUACUGUGUUCAGGCAUCUCCUCCAAAAAACACCCUUGUUAUCAAUGGAGAACCAGAAGUGCAUCAAACAAGUAAUAUUCAGCAUAACAACAAUGAAAUAUUUAUUCCUAAUGGUAUAGACCUGUCAAUGUUAACGGAAGCAGAAAUUAAAGCCCUUAAAAAACAACAGAGGAUGAUAAAAAAUCGGGAAUCAGCUUGCCAAUCAAGACAAAAGAAAAAAGAGUAUGUCACUGCUUUAGAACAGCAGCUUUUAGAAGCACAUCAUGAGAUUGCAAAACUGCGUCUUGAAAAUAAGCUCUUAAGGGACAGAUUAGAAUCUAACGGAAGGGGUAGAAAGAUCCCACGGCUAGAUACUUCGAUCUUGAUACCGAAAAAGAACAUUGCAGUUCUUUUCGCCAUGGUUUUUAUGGUCUCAUUAAAUUGGAAUGUCUUAGGGUGGAAUUCAAAAUCAUUUUCUGGCCCGACUAACACACAUGUCGGCUCGCGUCAUCUUUUGUGGUCAGAGGAUACCGGAGAUAUAAUUUCUGAUUACGAUCAAAUGGGUAACCGUAGUAUAGAUGGAAUUGACUGCCGGAAUACAACACUAAGUGAUCUAAAAAUCAACCAGACCGAAAAUAUCAGGAUAGCUGGAGAGUUAAAACGUUGGAUUGGAGGUGGGAAGACAGUGAACUGGACAAGUACUCCAAAGAAGAAUAAAGUAUAUUUGGAUGAAGAACAAAUAACUGGUAGCUUUUUAGAAACAUACAGACUCUUCAAUAAGUUAAAUCUAGAAAAUAAUCUCAUUGAUCUCCAAGCAAAUAAAAACGGAAGGAAUGUUCGAGAAAAGGUCCGUCUAAGAAGGUUAAGAAGGAACAUGCCUGACAAAGACAUAGAUUUCUCGGACGCUGCAAUGUUCUAUGAGAGGUUAUAUCACAAGCCGAUAAGGAAGUCUGUAGACGAUUUUAAUGUGAAUGACUUUGGUGAAUGGAACGCAUUACUUCAAGCGUUGCAUCGGCGAGACGACACUUUCUAUAUUGUUGGAGUUGGUAAAGGCGAACAUUUGUUAUUGCCUGCAGUCAGUCAUAAUGUGACGAGACCUCCAAAAAUGGCGUUGAUAUUACCAGCACUAACUGGAAAUGAUUCACUAAAGGCUGACCAUGUGACCCUUAUGCAGAUAGAUUGUUCCGUCAUCAACACAACGCUAGUAAAACUGAAAUCAGAAGCAUUACCAGAAAAUAUAAGAAAAACCAACGUAGAUAGCAUGCCAUUGAGCCUUAGACCAGAAAAUAAGAGAAUAAAUAGAUUCAAACCUGAUGCUAGUCCACCAGAAAUUGUUCAUAACACAAGUGAUAGUCUGUCCAGUACAUUAAAUAAUAAAAAUAAUGAUUACGAUAUAGAAAUGAACAAGAAUUUUUUGCUGACUCAACACUUACUCUCGAAAACAAGCGUUUUAAAUAAUGGUUCAGUGGGGGGAAAAGAUUCUUCGCGUGAGACAAACAUGAGUAAUAGCAAUCGAACAAAGCAAUUAAAGUAGGUUUCAAUAAGGUAGGUAGGUUAUAAGAAUAAUUUACUUAAAGUAUUAAUGACUACAAUUCCGGUCAGUUUGCAAUAUGUUGCUAGAUAAAAUAAUAAACAAUAAUGUAGGUAUUGUUUUUUAGCAAUAUUGGUGCCAAAUAUUGAAAUAAAAAAGUCUAUAAAAUA